CUCUUUCGCUUCCUGUUCUCAUCCAUACCCUGAGUCUUCUUCCUCACAAGCCUUCGAGCUCUUCAUUCUUACCAGUCCAGCAUGAUUUCCGCACUCACCCUCCUUGUCUUGGUCCCCCUUGCCUCUGCCACCAUUACUCUCAAUGUUCCCUCAGACUUGACUUCCGGGGGCACCACCACCAUAACGUGGACUAGUGAGAGUGGGGACCCCGACGUGUUUUCGUUGGAACUCGUUAACCAGCAGUUCAACAACGCAUUUGCCAUCGGUAACAACAUCCAGACUUCUGAUGGUACUAUCACCCUAGGGUUGCCUGCUGUUCCCGUUGGCGAUGGCUACCAGCUCGAGGCCGUCAACAUUAGCGACAUCAACGAUGUCCUUGGCACCACCGGUGACUUCGCGAUCGCUUCUGCCACGAGCACCUCCACGUCGGCGUCGUCCACGUCGGCCUCUGCUAGUUCCUCGGGAAGUGCAUCUUCUGCUUCUGUGACGAGUGCCGCCAGUUCCAGCAGUUCCGCCUUCGGGUCUACCAUCAGUGGCUCUUCUGCAGCCUCCACCUCUUCAGGCAGCUCCACCGCGACGUCUGCCAGCUCGACCCCAAGCAGCUUCAACGCCGCCUCUCCCUCUAAGUUCCAGCUCAACGUUGGCUCCGUCGGCGCCAUGCUCUUUGGUGCCUUCCUCGGUGCUGCCGUCUUGGCCAUCUGAGCAUGCAUACGACUGCAAUGCGUUGUCAUGCGGAUCGGAGUCUGGUCAUGGCUCCAGUUGAAAGACUCUUCCCUCGGACAUUUAGGCUUCUUGGGACUUUGGUAGUUGGGUAGUUGAUUGACACGUUCAUCCCCCACUCAACGUCGGUUUUCGGACUCUGGAUUUACCCCUUUUUUCCCUUCACCACUCCAUGGACUUCCUGCACAUACAUUAUUGGACCAUAUUUGUUUGUUAUUGAUAGUCCAGUACAUGGUGUCAGACCUUACACUCAUUAGUAUCCUACAGGUUCUUUAUGUCGCCUUCUCACGUUGUGCACGUUUUGUAGAAUGACUGUUCUCUUCUCAGCGUCGCUGCCUCUCACGACACAUCGGUAAUCCCAUUGCAUCCCACCAGUUUACGCCUUGUCACCCCAUGCAUCGCGUCUUGUCCUGUCUUGACAGACAGUCCG